UUGCUGAUUUGUGCAUGCGGCUCCCUCCCUGCUGACAGAGCUGUGCGGUGACGUGCACUGUACAUUAAUGUUGAAAGGGGCAGACCUGGAAGCGAAGUUAAUCGGGUAGAAUUCGAUUGUUCCUUGUUUCAGUGAGGGCAAGUGCUGUGGCAAGUCUGAAACAGGGAACAGUGGACUCACUGGGCUGUGUCCUGCUUAGGUGUGACAGCAGGCUUAAGUAUGACCAAGACCUCCUGCCCUCAAUUACUUCUGACUAAAAUGUUUGGAUUCACAGCCCUUGGAGGAGAGCCUGUGUCGAUUGUCAUAACUUGAGUUCAAAAGUUUACAGGUUUUUCAGAUGAGGAUGAUCUUAUAAGUCUGUACAUGUACUGGUAAUGGACUUUGUAAAAAUUCAUGCAUGGUGAACAUGUAUGGGCAGACAGAAAGUGUCCAUACCUAAUGUAAUAUCUGCACAUACAAAAUAAUUCCAUCUAGCUGAUUACCACUCGGAUAUGGCCUCUCCAAUGUGCUAACACAGGUCAAGCAUAUCCUGGCAUGACCGAGUUAAACCUAAUAGAGAAUCCCCAUUCUGGGAUGAACAGUAGCCUUCAAACCCAUUCCUAUUAAAGCCAAUAUUUAUUUUAAGGUACCAUGCACCCUGGAGGAGUCCCACAGGGGUGUGUCCAUCCCAGUCCAUCAUCAGAACAUUGUGCCAAGAGUCCCAUCAAGGAGUCUAAGGUGACAUCUUGACCUUUAACACUUAACCCAACAGGAGAUGCUGUAAACAAGAAGUGAUUAUACAGGAGACAGCAGGGAAAUGGCUUUCUUUCCAACCCCUUCCCUACAACCAGCCUGGAUUAUAAGGAUAACAGAGCAAGGCUGGUAUGAGGUAAGCUCUACGGCCGCCGGAAGUACGUCAUCAGAGGGCUGUGGCGCCGUCACGAGAAAACUAGUCUUUCCACUCUCCGUUAAUCACCCCAUAGAAAGUGGAACAUUUAUCUCGGCAGGGGGUGUGUGUAACAGGUGUACUCCAAACCUGAGGAGCCGGCGGUAGGAGUUGAAUAUAGAGACGGUAUGGCCGGUCGUAGGAUACAGAAGCUGAUCCACUGUGAUGGUGUCGCGAGGCACAGCGAGACGAGGACGGCGGCGGACAACAGCGUGAGGAGGGAGCUAGAUGAGCUGGGGAAGCAGGUGAGAGUGAUGGACAAGGAAAGAAAGAAGCAUCUCCGACGGCUAUCCGUGACGAGAAAGGACUUAGAGCGCUCCAUGAUGCGGUACAGUCAGCGGAUGGCGGAGAUCAGUGCACAGAGGGGACUACUUCAGGUACCGAGCGACUCCAGCCCUCAUGGAUACAAGACAGAAACACAGAGGGCAAAGAGUCUUACGGCUCUAGACAAAGUUGGUGUCCCGGACAGUCACACUGGGACAGCCAGAGAUCCUCCACGUCCGAAGAAGGGGCAACUGUCUGGCUCUACCGGCGAUUUACCUACACUUAGGAAAGAUAGAAACAUGUUACCGCCACCCGACAUCAAGAUCACCAAGAGUCAGGAACACCUGAGCCAAGAAAGAUUCUACGACUCCUCCGAUUCAGAAGGCAGUGUAGAAAUAACGCCGUUGUUUGAAGCCCUGAAUGUUAGGAACCAACAACAACCCUUCGUAGCUGGUGUUCAAAGUUGUCCGACUUCCCCUCUCUUUGAGAGACGUCCCAGGGCACACACGAUCGGAACGCCGUCGGCACAGCUCUUCAACUCACGGAGCAGGAGUGAAGUGAGAAAUAGGUCGGCGGGCAGACGAGACAAGUCCCCAAAUGAACCACCAUCACCACAGUCGUUAUCGCCUCGGCUGGUGAGGAAACGUUUCCGUUACUCGGGGGCGGUGGAAUCCGUGCCGGACAAGUUGGACACAGAGAGUAACAUGUCGUUCGUGUCUAGCGGCGCCGUGACAGUGUCAGGACCGAGCGAGUACGGUCCACCGGCCGUGGAAGUGGAGCCGAUCCGCCCGCUCUUGGGUCGGCACUCGGUACAGCCCAACCGUGUACAAAAGGUGAAACAACCCACUCGGAAACACAGCGCAGACUUGAAGACUCUGCUGACCAAGAGGGCGUUUUCCCGCUUAAGCCCUGGGGACAGUGGAAUUAUCAAAGAGAUUUGAACCGUGAACAUCUAUUGCAGUUGCUGUGUGACUGUGUGCUGGAAAGCUGUUUUAAAAGGAAUGCUUGUAAAUGGAUCUUCCUUGCACUCAACCAGAAAACGAUUUUAAGACACCUGUUUAGAUCACUACAGAAGUAUCAGGAUUAUAGCAGAAGCAUUGAGUCUUCUUAUAGAAGAUAUAGAACUCUAUGUUAAAUCAUUUGCCACACAUUCAUCGCGACAAUUGUAGCUUGAACGGUUUCAGGUAUACAAUAGAUGAUGUUUGUGAUUUCUUAAAAGAGUUAAAUUUGUACAUGCGUGCUGCGUUACUUUUUUUCUAUGGCUAGUAUCAAACCAUUUAGUUAAGUUGCUUCUCUGGGGCGCCUCCUAACGACUAGACCUCUAAUUACAUAACCGAAGUGAAAGGGCAAAUCCGCAUUCAGACAGAUCAACUGUCGAUUCACAAGUUGAGAGACUCAAAAUUUCAUUCUGCCUUUGAAGUUAAUGUAAUCCUGAACCGUAGGUGGGAAUAUUUCCAACCCGUACGAAGUGUAUGUAUUCCACUCAUACAUUAUCACACAUAGUUCAAGAAAAGCUAAACUUGGGUUUAUGUGCCUCUGUAAUUUUUCUUUUAACGGCUAGAUGGCAAAAGUGACAGUAGAAACACAGAGAAAGCUAUUCUUCAAGCAGAGGUGUCGGUGGAGGGGCAAGUAGUGGCCGGAAAUUUUUACGUCUUUCUCCCUUAUACGGGAAGGGAGCAGACGUACCGCCCCCUCCAUACCCGACAGAAACUGCUGGAGAAUAGGAGAAAGCACAAAACAAUGUGAUUAGACAACAUUGAACUUCACAAUUCAUGUAUACAUCUUAAUUCGACCCUGGAAGCAUGAACUUGGACAGUAUACAUAGAUUACAUUUAUAAACCGUAUCUCUUAGGCUAUAGUGGUCAAAAUGACAUUGCCUUAGUUAUAUCCUUUCUAUUCCAAGCCAAGCAGUUACUUAUCGUUUAUCAUGUCCAAUAAACCAAACGUGCAAACUA